GGAAGAAGUGGUGGGGUGGGAGAGGACAGUUGUUGAUUUGAAAAUUCAAGGGUGGUAGGGGCUGUUGUUAAGCAAAGGUGGGAUUUGUUUGCUUUUGAAAGUUUUUUAAAAAAAAAACGUGAUUGAUAAACGGUACAAGUUACCCCUUUGACAAAACCCCACAUUGUUACUGUUCAAAAUCUUUAAAUUUAAUGCUGAAACAGUGCCAGAGAAAGGUGAAUAAAGGUUGUUGGACUUUGUUAAUGGAUUAGAUAAAUGUCUGUUUAUGUACUUCUGAUUAGUACACCAUCGAUAGAAAACAGCAUAUCUCUGCAAUGUCAGCCUCGAUUUAUAGGCUAUAUAGGCCUGUAGCAGUCAGCUGCCUUGAUACAGAGAGAAGAGAGUGUGUAUGUCAGUAUUGUGUAUCUGGGUAUUUAUCGCCAGAGCAUAAAAGUGUAUUUUCUUUAUAGGCUUUGAGUUUCGAAAGCGUCGUCUUUGAUGGGUUUCUCCUGUUUUAACCCUUGUUACCCUGUGAAGGAUGUCAUGGCCAUGUCAGCUAUGCUAUGCUAUUACCUUUUGCUUCUUUUCUUGGGUUUUGAAUUUCUCCCUUGUUACUGGGAGUUAUUAUAUCAAGUGCGGUUGGGAAAAGAAUGUUAAAUGCUAGAGUUGGUGGUGGUUGAAUAGAGAAACUGUAGGUGGUGAAAACAAUUUGGCCAUGGCGUCAACUUCUUGUGCCAAACAGAGUCCACUGCCUAUGAAAGAGCCGCCCUCUACUUGUCAACCAGCUCCUCGAUAUGAAGAUAUUGUAGCCAGUCCUGAGCUGUUCAUGUCUACUCUUGAGAAGCUUCAUGCUACUAUGGGAACCAAAUUUAUGAUCCCCAUUAUUGGAGGAAAGGAAUUAGAUUUGUAUCGGCUCUUUGUCGAGGUUACUUCUCGUGGUGGUGUUGAGAAGAUUAUUAAGGAGAAAAGAUGGAAAGAAGUUACUGCUGUUUUCAACUUUCCUUCCACAGCUACGAAUGCAUCUUUUGUGCUGCGCAAAUACUAUGUUUCUUUGCUUCAUGAAUAUGAACAAAUUUACUAUUUUAGAUCCCAGGAUUUUUGGCAGAGCCCAUCAGCAGCCCCAAUACCAGCUCAAGGGACAGUGCAGCCAUCAACAGAUGUUCAAGCCCCUGUUAUCCAACAACCAAAGAGUAAUCCUGCUGUGUUGCCUCCAGUAAGACCAGCAUCAACUUCAGGAUAUCCAGUGAUCGGAGUCAUUGAUGGAAAAUUUGAAAGUGGAUAUCUGGUUACUGUCACUAUAGGCUCAGAGAAGCUAAAAGGCGUUCUCUAUGAGUCUCCACAGGACCCUGUACAGCUAGUGCAACCAUCUCAUAAUUUACAUGCCUCUGCUAAUGCCUGUGCUGUUGCUGGAGUACAACGUCGCCGUCGCAGGAAGAAAUCAGAGAUUAAGAGGAGAGAUCCCGCUCAUCCAAAACCUAACAGAAGUGGGUAUAAUUUCUUCUUUGCUGAGCAACAUGCAAGACUGAAGCCACUACACCCAGGGAAAGAUAGGGAGAUCAGUAGAAUGAUUGGUGAACUGUGGACCACGAUUAGCGAGUCUGAAAAAGCUGUUUAUCAGGAGAAAGCUCUUAAAGAUAAAGAAAGAUACAGAAUAGAGAUGGAGGAUUAUCGGGAGCGAUUGAGAACGGGUCAAGUCAUCAGUGAUGCUAUUCCACCGCAACAAUCUCUUCCUGGACAAGAGGUAGGUGUGCUUGAAGCAGAAACAAAGCUUGACAAAACUGCAGAAGAUUCUCCUCAGACUCCAGAAAUUGAUAGUAGCUCUGGUGAAAGUGACUUCGAAGAUGAUAAGACUGCAGAAAAGGAUUUGGAUAUCUCGGCCUCUCAGGUAGUGGAAGUAGGUGCUGAAUGUGGGAAUUUUGGCAUCGAUGUUUCAGCUGUGGAGCACCCUUUCAAGCGGGCUAAGAUUGACGAUAAUGUUGGACAUAACAUCGAUAGUGUUGGUGAAAAUAUUAUGAGAGUUGGCCUUGUUGAAAAAGCUGGCAACGAAGGGGGAGAAAGCAUAUCACUCAUCUGAUAGACUGCGUAGCUCAUUGUGGGUUAGAUUCGCAAUGCCUGUUAAUUUUAGCUUGCUUAGUGUAGUUGCUAUUUUAGAUAAAAAAACACAAUUUAUCUCUUUGAUUUGAAGUUUCUACAGUAACUGCUGUUUAAAUUGUAGAGACUGCAUUGCUGUGAGUAGUGUUAUUAAGCAGGAAGCAGGGUGAGGUGCUUAGCCGAUUCAUGGCAGUUUUGUAGUUAGAAUUGGAAUCAAGGACAGCUUUGCAGUUAUUAAAAUUAGUGAAUGUCAGUCCUUUUCAACUAGAUUUGAUUUAGAAUGAAUUAUACUUGGAUGGUCAAGUGUUUUAGUUCA